AACAUUAGUGUAAGAGUGUAUAGUUUAAGAUGUGACGAUUUCAAAAAUGUUUAAAACUUGAUAAGUGAGAAGUAUUCAUGAAGAUAUCUUGAUGGAAGUUUGGGGUAUUCAACGUUAUUGAUAACAUUACUUUUUUGUGCCGUUUGCUGCAAUAUUUUACUAGUUAUUAUAUAAGUGGCUAUGUUGGAAGAAUUCAGACAAUUUUAAGGACUAUCAUUCAUUGAAGUGUUAAAUUAACUGAACUGAGAAAUCAAGUAGGAUGAAAUUUUGUAUUCCAAAUUGUGUGGAUGGGAGUUUGUGUUCUAACGGGGCAACCACACCUGGUAGCCAGCAGACAACUCCUAUUGAAAUUUUUAAAGAAGCGAGUUUUUGUGUGCAAGCCAAAGCUGUGAGAGACCAUUGUAACAUCUAUGACCCCAACUCACUUACCUUUAAAGAUGGAGAUCUCAUAAAGAUAGUGGAACAGCGACAGGAUGGUAUGUGGAAAGGUUGUCUAAUGAAAGACGGAUGUAUGGCCAAGCCAGGCUGGUUCCCAGCAGAUCAUGUUGUCCUUAUAGACAAUACAGCAGGUAGAAAGAAUGCACUGAGAAGUACUUCAUCGUACACCACACCACCUCAUACUCCAGACAAAAUACCACCAAGAUGUAACAGCUUUACGUACAAUGGCGUACACCCGUCCCUGUCAUCAAAUCGUAGCUCGUAUGGCAGCAUAGGUCAUGACGAGGCUUUCCCACCUCCUCCCUCCCCAACAUGCAUGUCCAAGUUCGAGCAUGUCAAUAGUUACGAAGACCUCCCACCUCCACCAAUUAUUGUGACUGAGCCUCCGGAAGACUCAUAUUUUCAAGAUGAGUGUUCGAAGGUGACAGUGCUGCCCCCACCCCCUCCACCAUCAUACCAGAAUGUUGUCAACAGUUCACCAGUCCACCAUCAGAAUUUGAAUGGGAAGGUGAUUGUGAACCAUAUUGGUGAACAUUGCUAUGUGGAUAAUGUGGAACCGGCGUACCAGAACUCUUGGGACAUGAGGUCCUCUAGUCCAGCAGGAAGUAACCGGAAUAGUGCCGCCAGCAGUGACAGCGGGCGUGGUCUGUCCGCAAACUACCUAGAUCCAAAGGUUCACCACAACUAUGUCAAUGUUCAGGUGAAUAACCAGUACAGAUUGUCUGGUACCAGUUAUGAGAGUGGUGUCUCAUCACGACAGAGCUACCACAGUACAUCGAGCUCCAGUGUGGGCAGUCUAGAUCGACUCGAGGAGAGCGGGUACUCUAGUCAGAUCAACGUGGCGGAGCUUUUCCAAGCUGGUGUUCCGGACCAUGAAGUGCUGCGGGCCUGGCUGAGGGAUCUCAACUAUGAAGAAUAUUACCAGAAUUUUCUGACGGCGGGGUAUGACAUGCCGACAAUCACACACAUGACUCCUCAGGAUCUCACAGCCAUUGGCAUAUCAAAGCCGGGUCACAGGAAGAAGUUAAAGUCAGAGAUUGCCAGGCUCAAUAUACAUGAUGGCAUACCAGACUUUAAACCGAACGACCUCUAUGAUUGGCUGAGAAUGUUGAAUUUGGAGCAGUAUUACAACACAUUAGCCAAUCAGGGCUAUGAUAACAUUGACUAUGUAACUGACAUCAUGUGGGAAGACCUAGAAGAAAUUGGAAUUCAGAGAUUAGGCCAUCAGAAAAAGAUAAUGUUGGCUAUAGACAGAUUGAAGAGGAUAUUGUCGGGUACAAAGAGAUUGUCGACAGUAGAUGGUCGUGAGGCUACAGAAGUUCUUGAACCCCCUAUGGCCAGUAUACGGUGGUCGGGAGAGCGAUCAUCACCCCCGCCACCAGCUCCACCCCAGUAUAAUGAGCUUCCACCAUACUUGAAGCCACGGCGGUCAUCGUCUGGAGAUAGUCUGAGUACCAAUAGCAGCGGCGGAGAAAUGAAGUCUUUAAGUCAGCCUUUGGAGUCGGAGUAUGCUAAUACAAGUAACAUGCAGCAGAAACCUCCUGCUGUUGUGCCUAUAAAGGUCAAAAGGUCAAUGUCUCAGUCAGCUCCUAAUGGAAUGGCUGAGGGCAAAGAAAGUGGUCCUCAUCAGAAAAUGUGUCAGUCAUUUCAUGCGCCCCCUGACAGGACCUCCGAUUAUUCUGACAGGGAGAACACGCCCACAGGUGAUGACAACUACCAAAUGUCCAGUUCACCCAUGGCAGGGGCACAUCCUGUGGCACCUGUUGUUGCAGCCAAGCCGAAACCUGUAGCUAUGAUUGUUGCUAAAUCAAAGCAGCCUAGCCGAGAAGGUUCGCCUGAUAUAAUUGAUAUUGAAAAACAUGAGGCUGAAAAGAAUAAUGAUGGAUAUAAAAGCCCUGUUAAAAAUCUUGAAGGGUUUAAGUAUCCCCUUGCCACAAAUGGUAGUUUGAAACGAAGGACCUCGGAAAAUAUAUAUGAUACCCCGCAGACAGGUACACCAAGAACUGUGAGCAAUUACGUGAAUUAUCCUCCAAUGUCGAUGCAUCAAGUCCCAACAGGGCCAGUCAGUCCUUUACAUGUGUCAACACAGUUCACGUAUGCGUAUCAGCAAAGUGGCUCACCCAGGAGCUCACAACAGAAUUCACCAGGGGGCAGGGCUAAAAAGGCUCCGCCUCCACCACCAAAACGGAAUGCUUCGUUACGUCAUACUGAAACUACAAACAAAAAUGGAACAGUUAGUCCGAGUCAAAAUGUAACAACUUCUGCAAGCCCAGGUAUAACCUCUGUGUUGUCCCCGCCCCCUAUUCAACAGAAACCUCAGAUAUCCUCCCCUCAAGCACAGGCAUUUGUAAAUUGUGUUCAAAGUCUUUCAGAACGUUUUGGAAAGAAAAGUGAGGAAAAUAGUGCUGGUGAUAAUCUUAGUUCAGACAAUGAAGAUUUACCUGCGGCACCACCAGUUGCCAUGGAGAUAAUUGAACCAAAAAUUUCAAAUUAUGGUUUGUUAGGAAAAUCUGAUAAAACUAGUUCAGGGGAGUAUAUGUUACAGCAAAGACUGAAACGGGAGAGUUCAUCAAGUGCAAGUCCGACAUCAAAUGGUGUUGAAAGUGCAUUUGGUGUUAAACUGCGUCAAGCCAAAACUGAGUCUCAGUCACAGAAUCAGUCUGGGGAUAGUAUAGUUACAGUAAGCCAGUCUAGUGCAGUCAUCUCACAAGACAGUGUUCAGGACAAAAAUGGUGAAAAUAUACAAAAUGCUCAAAAUUGUGUUCAACAAAACUCAGAUAGUGCAAAUAUUACCAAAGAAUCAAGUGGUAAAAUUAAUGAAUCAGAAAAACAGAGAAAAGACUCGACUGGAAGUGGAAAAGGAGAAUUAAAUCUAAGUUCCUCCACAUCCAGUUUAGACUCAAACACUUUACCGUUUGCAAAUGAAAAUGUUGGCACAAUAAAACAAAGGGCUCAGCAAUCUAAACCAUCUCUAGUCAUGAUAUUGGACGAUGGUAGUUCGGCAUCACAUGCUGAGGAGACAAGUGAUCAAGCUUUUAAUGACAAUACCGAUACAAUUAAACGGACACCAAAUAAGUUAGCGAAACCGCAGCAACAAACUGUGCAAAAAUUACAGCAGCCAAAGUUGCUGCCAAAACCAAAUCAACAAGGAAGUGGUCAGCUGCAGCAACAACAGAAGCCACGUCAACAGCAGCAGCAGGUGACUGAACAGGAGCGACUUGCAGUGCAGCAACAAAAACUGGCACAGAAUCAACAACAGAAGCCGCAGCAACAGUACAAUGCCAGUGUUACAGCAAGUUUUGUACCUGGGGCUCAGUCUGCACCAAAGAAUAGUUCAAAAGAGUUAGUGCGUCCGUCUGUUCCCCAGAAACCUGCAGUAAAACCAGCAGUGUCUCCAAAACCACAAGCUAAAGGGCAAGUUGUAGCUGGCCAGAAGCAACGUUCAGGAGAUGUUCUUAGUGAAAUUGACAAUAUGCUACAAGGCCUAACUGAUGAACUGGAUGCUAUGUUGGAAUUUGAUCUGGCUGAAUGAAAAUAUAAAUGGCGACUAUUUAUAGUUCUAUCAUUCAGGUUAACUGCUGAACAAAAGUCACGUGGUGACCCAAAUAUGGUCAAGGUUAAAAAUCAUUCUGCAAUCAGAAAUGACUGAUGUGAAAUAAUACGCAGCUUUUUGACGUCUGCUGCUUUGAAAUGACCUUGAAAGGUCAAAAAGUGCAAUUUGAUAUGAACAUUUUUGUGAAGGACAGGAGAAGUGCAUUUUUGUCUCGCAUAUAACUGGAGAUAAAUGAAAUGAUAUAAAACUAGUGCUGUGAUGUAUUGUAAAUACAAAAGGAUUGUGCUAGUCAAGGUUGGAGGAGAAGUUCAAGGUCAAAAGUGACAGGUCAAGGUCGGAUGAAAAUAAUCUCUGAUCAUGAAAGCUUAAAAUGGAUAAUUUAAAUAUGAAUGUAUGAACUUUUGUUUAUGUGUUUACCAGGAAAAUAAUAUCCAUUUUAUGCAGAAAGGAGGAAUUCUUACACCAAUCUUAAAUUUUGAUGUUUCUAUUCAAACAUUAUAAAGGAAAAGUUUAAGGCUUUCUCAUAAACUGGAGACGUGUUUAGAUGAGAAGAUAUUACUAGUAUGGAUGAAUUGAAACUUGUUUCUUAACCUC